GCUUUUGUAUUAGUAGUCAGCUGGACACUCUCUAAUUAGCUUGUCAAUAUACAGGUGGAUGGAGAUCGAAUAGAAAAUUUGGACGUACUUAGUAUCUUUACCCGGGUUUAAAUUCCUCACUCUUCUAGCCCAUUUACUCGAACCAAAUUAACUAGUGAGGGAUAAUGACUCAGUAUAGUUGGGUCUUUUUUUUUUUGUGACAAGAGUAUAGUUGGGUCUUCUCCUUUCUUAAAUAAGGAGUAAGAAUAACAUUAAUAAUUACUUUUAAUGGAUCGUUUACUACGUACGUAUGUAAUAAUAAUUUUCAUUUUACAAUAACCGAUGUCACAAAUACUAUGUAAUGCAAUUGUAUAUCCUAAUUAAGAAACUAAAGCAUCUACUUCUGAUAUUUUCACUAAGAGAAGGGGGCCAUAUGAUAUAAAAAGUACACCAAAAUUGGAGCCUACAAUCUUGUUGGAUUGAUCAUGUUUUAUCCAUACUAUCUUUAUUGAUCACACCCCUUUUAGAUUAUAUCUCACUUAGAGUUUUGUCUUGGCUUGUACACCUCUCUCUUUCUCACACUCUCUCUCAUCUUUCUUAAUUCAUAUCAAGUGGUUGUCAUAGCAUUCUUUUCACUUUGGAACCCAAACAUUUUGGUAUUUACAUUAGAUGGGAAAAGGGAAAAAAAUAAAUAAAAAUAAAGCAAAGGGCAAAGGCCGCAAAAGCAAAUAUAAAAAACGUUAUAAAUAUAAACUAUAGUAACAAAGUAUGUAAUUUAUAAUCUCAAAAAUAUAGCACAUCAACUUUAGUUUACGAUCCCAACAGUAGGUUCUAUAUAUUUCAGUUCCAAUAAGGUACAAGCUUGUCUUCUCUUUGUUCUCUCUUCUUCAUUCUCUUCUACUUUGGCCCCCCACUUUCCUUUCCCUAAAACGGAUUUAUCACAUACUAUUAGCUUAGCUUCUUAGUCACUACUUUUUUUCUUCUUCAUCAACCUCAGCUCUUUUAAUAUCCUCUCUUUCGAAUUCAUACACUCUCGCUUCUCCUAUGGCGCCAGUGAGUCUACCACCGGGUUUUCGAUUUCACCCUACUGAUGAAGAGUUGGUUGCUUAUUAUCUUGAUAGGAAGAUCACUGGUCGUAAGAUUGACCUAGAGAUUAUUCCUGAAAUCGAUCUUUACAAGUGCGAGCCUUGGGAUUUACCUGAUAAGUCAUUUUUGCCCGGAAAGGACUUGGAGUGGUACUUCUUCAGCCCAAGGGACAGGAAGUAUCCAAACGGAUCAAGGACAAACCGAGCAACGAGGGCAGGCUAUUGGAAGGCAACGGGGAAGGAUAGACCGGUGCACUCGCAGAAGACGGCAGUAGGGAUGAAGAAGACGUUGGUGUAUUACAAAGGGAGAGCUCCCCACGGGCUUAGGACUAAUUGGGUUAUGCACGAAUAUCGCCUUCUUGAGUCUCUUUCUGGCUCUACUCCCUCCCUUAAGGAAUCAUAUGCAUUAUGCCGUGUUUUCAAGAAAACAAUUCAAAACAAUCCAAGGACCAAAGAAGUAGGAGACGUUUUUAUCCCAGAUAAUGAAUGCAUAGACGAAGAUGUACAAGGGGAUGAUCAUACAAGAGGCAUUGAGAUUACUCGACGAAUUAGGGAAGCAAAUCAAAAUCAAGAUCACUUGUCAAGACAUAAUAACAAUGACGGAUUUAAUAAGUUUCCUUCAGAGGCAUCUUCAGAGCUCACUAAUCAAGAAGGUACACCAACAGGAAGUGCCCUAAGUACGGACCAAGAUGUACAAGCCCCUUUAUUUGCCGCAGAUGAAGCUAAUAGUUCCGCACAUUUCUACCCGUUUGCCUUUGAUUACUCAUCAAAUCUUUACCAGGAUAUGCAAAUGGCAAAUAAUUACUUCAAUUUACCGCCAUUGGCGAUAGAUGAUUUCCCACAAAUGAAUAUAUCAGAGACGACAAUGUCAUUGAAGCCAAUAGACCAUCAUCAAGAAAUGAGCAACUUGGGGUGUGACAAAUUCAAGGAUUAUAUGAAAGGAGCAAUUAUGUUUGAAGACAUAUUUGAUCUUUGCUCAACUCAAGGCACUUCCAUAAAUCUGCCUCUAGAAGAUUGAUCAAAGAAGCUAAGCUUCAAACUUACUACUACUAUACUACAUACUAGUAUAUCAUAUGAUAUAAUACCCAUAAGAUUAUCUCUAACUUAAAAAUUCAAUUUUACUAAUCAUAAAAACAACCCAAAAAAAAGAAAAAGGUGGAUUAUUUUUGUUAUCCACACAGGUUGGUGGGGUUCAUAUAUACUUGUUGCCCAGAGAAAAGAGAUGCAGGGCAUUUUUUUUUUUUUUUUUCCUUUUUUUUUCUUUUUUUUUUUUUUUAUGGCAUAAGAAAGCUCUUAGGCAAUGCUCCCAUAGAGCCCAUUAGACCAAGAGCUAAAUCACAGGUAUACUUUGUAGGUGAUCACCAUUUUCAUUUGCUCGAACGAGAUGGCUAGCUAGGGCAAGGCAUACUCAAUACAUGUCUGUAACAUUUUUCUUUUUUAACAAACUUAAGUUGUAAUAUUAUUUUGUUUCUUACUCUAAUGUCAUUUGUGAAACAUUGGUUUUAUUUAAUUAAUUGUAAUACUUUGGGGUCAAUUUGGAAAUGGAGGCAAAUUAGAUGGUUUUGCAAGAUUUUCAAUCUAUG